AUGCAUCUCUUUCUGGUAAAACUCCAAUUAGGCAUCCGACUUUGCAAGAAUUUGGACCUAUACCUGAGACUGAAUCCCAUCUUUCAAGCCCAAUUAGCUACAACUAUAACCAUAGCCAUAGCCAUAGCCAUAGUCUCUACGUCAAAUUCUUCUGAGCUAGAUUCCGCUGUUCGUUGGAACCCUAAGGUUGGUUCUGGCUCUGACAAUUACGAAGCCAUGUCAACCAAACGAAGAAUUAUUUAG